ACACCUCAAGAGGAGUCACAUCGGCUAGUCAUUUACUCGGGGCGCUUAAAGGCUUGUCGUAGGGUCGUGUGUUGUGUAAAUUUUUGUGUUUAAUUUCUAGGACAUUAUAUUUUUAGGACAUUGUGAAUGGGGCAUACAGUAUAUGCUGUAAGUAAAUGUUGGGUCGCUUAGAUACACUAGUUCUUUGCUCGGUGGUCUAGCUAGCUUAUAAAAGCUAGCUGUGCGAGCCUGCUGUGCUAGCGUGGUGAACAGUUGUUUUUUUGGUAAACAGUACUACAAUAUUUGCAAUCCAUCUGAACUAUCAGGAUGGAUAAGGCAGAUUUCCUGAAGGGACUCCCAGUUUACAACAAGACCAACUUUAGUAGAUUUCAUGCAGAUUCUGUGUGCAAAGCAUCGAAUAGAAGACCAUCAGUAUAUCUGCCAACACGGGAAUAUCCAUCAGAGCAAAUUAUUGUAACAGAGAAAACAAAUAUUCUUUUACGCUACCUACACCAACAGUGGGACAAAAAGAACGCAGCAAAGAAGAGAGAGCAGGACCAGGGUGAAGGAGGAAGUCCCGCACCUCCACGCAAAAUCGCCCGGACCGACAGUCAGGAGAUGAACGAAGAUUCUUAAACUGGAUUCUUAAUGAACAGCACAAGGACUGGCACCAAAAUGCCCUUUCAGAAGUCUGUUAUACCUGGUCUACAUUUCCAGUAGACAACUGCACAUGAGACUGGGAUAUACAUUGGAAAGAAAACACGAGCGAGACCUUUUAAUGGUGUGCUUUUUUAUUUUCUUAAGCGCUUCCUGUCAAUCAAAUUGCACAUACAUACAUCCUGGUGUUUAACACUUGGGGGGUGGGCACUGUAAGCUUCCACUGCCAGAAUGUGUGGACCUGGUGCACUGUUAAUUGUUCAGGUAGGGCGUGGAGACUUGGGUGUAGACUGACAUACAUCAAUCUGCAUCAUGCAGGAAUUUGUGUGCCAGACUUGAACACUGUUUUCUGUGUAGAUAUGUGUGUGCAGAUCAGCGUUUUCACAGCUCAGCUGUAGAUAUUUUUUUCUUCAGUCAGACAAUUCAGUUCAGUGAUUCAUGUACAUGUAUUUUUUUUUUAUUUGGACACACUUAGAUGUAGGAGUACUGGUGUAAAGUGAUGUGAUAGCUUUAUAGUGAGUGCCUACUUGUGCAUGAACACACUUAAGAUUUGGUCUUUUGAUUUUUAUUUAGAUACAACACAGUGAUUCUCUUUUAAGCAUAGAAGAAAGAAUACAGUCUACUCAACAACUUAACGCUUGGUCGUUUCCAGAAAAUGCAACAGUGAAGCAUAAUGGCCAAAUAUAUACUGCCACAUCAGGACAUAAUAUCUCUGGCAAUGUUAUUUUCCCUUAAAUGUUUUAAAGUGGUAUAUUAAAAUCCUUGGGUUGGACCACUUCAGGUCUUUAUUGUGGUCUAAACAUCAUAGUACUCUGAUAAUAAGCAAAACUAAAAAAAAAAUUUCUCAUGUGGUUGACAAGGUAUGAGUGACAAGCUAUGUUAAAAAAAAAUUAGGUUCAUGCAUGUGGCUUACUCGUGUCUAAUGUUAAACCCUGUUUACGUCAAUCAUACCCCCCCCCCCCCCCAUUACAAAGUUCAGAACACUGGUAUGUAAGAAAAUUCUAUUGUGUCAGCAGUUUUUCCUCAGUGUUUCUUGUCCAUUUCUCCAAGUUUUGUUGUGUUUGUUGUAUUAUUAAACGUUUGCAAUGUUGA